AUGAGGAUCUCUUAUUUGAUGUAUUGUUUAAAGAGAUUGUGAAUUGAAGCAAUUUUGUUUUAAUUGUAGUGCGUUUCUUGCCUAAGUAUCUGAGUAAUUAGUGUACUUUUAAAAUUUCGGGAACAUUUAUUUGUAUGAACACAGUUUGCAAUGCUUUAUACCAAAAAGUUUUAGUUUUCUGUUUACCGGGAAUGUGCUACGGGAGAGGAACAAAGUGACAAGUUAUCGUUUGUUCUGGCUGUUGAAGAUCUUGGCGGCUUUUUGUUUUCGUCUAAAUAAAUAUGGUCAUUGUAAGAAAAUAUACUAGUACAUGGUUUGCGAUGCAAUAGUGACAAAAUGGUGCCUAUUGCAGGCUUCGUAGCUAGCUGUAGAACGUAGCCUUAAUUUUUUUUGUUUUUAUUUUGAUAUCCAUGUUAGAAGUGCUUGGAAAAUUACAUACUGCAUUUACACCCCUGAAUGGAUUAUAGACGGUCGGCCAAGAAGGCGAACUACACGGACGGCAGCGACAGGGACGACAGCUCCACCAGUGACUUCAACGAUGACGAGGACCCAGACAACAUUGAGGUGCCAGGGGGCGGCAAGGACCUGGCCACGGCGGCCGCGGUGGGCCUGCUGAAGGAGGAGGUGAAGGAAGAGCCAGCGGAGGACGGCAAGGUCAAGCCGGAUCCCGCCCCGUCAGCAGACGAGGCUACGGGCUCGUCAGCCCCCGCCCCCAACAAGGUGCCCAAGGGGCUGGUGACGAAGGGGGCCGCGUCCUUGGGCUACGAGAAGGUGCCGGUGGGGGCGUCGGGCCCCGCGGGCAACGACGUGGGACCCAGCGGCGGGGCGGCGGCGACCGGCAUGGGGCACGGCCAGGGCCCCUACCCUCCGUUCCCCGGCUCGGCGGGCAUGAUGGGCGCCAUGGGCGGGCUCAACUUCUACCCCGGUAUGGGCAUGCCGGGGCUGGCGGGCAUGCCGGCCGGCAACCUGGGCACCGGUGGUGGUGGGGCCGGUGGCGGGCCGAUGCCGAACUCGCCCGAGGCUCAGCUCUUCCGGCAGACCAUGGAGAUGAUGGGCAUGGCCGGCAUGAACAUGAACAUGGGCAUGAACCCCAUGAACAUGAACAUGAACAUGGGCAUGAACCCCUUCCUGAUGGGGCAGAACAGCGCCCUGCUGACCCACCUGCUGUCCCAGGGCGGCAUGAACAUGGGAGCCCUGGGAGGCCUGAACCGCAUGAUGCCCGGCUACCAGGGCUGGCCCCAGGGGGCGCAGCCCCAGUUCUACAUGGGGCAUGACAAGAUGUCGGGUGUGCAUGAAGAGGAAGAAAACGACGAUGAAGACAUGGGCGUAGCGGAGACUUAUGCAGACUACAUGCCAUCCAAGUUGAAGCUGGGCAAGAAGCACCCCGACCCGGUGGUGGAGACGGCGUCCCUGUCGAGCGUGGAGCCCCCGGAGGUGUGGUACAACCUGUCCCUCCCGGAGGAGACCAUCAAGAGUGGCUGGCUGUCUGCCCUGCAGCUGGAGGCCAUCACGUACGCCUCUCAGCAGCACGACCACUUCCUGCCCGACGGCAGCCGCGCCGGCUACCUCAUCGGUGACGGCGCUGGUGUCGGCAAAGGCCGCACGAUCGCCGGCAUCAUCUUCGAGAACUACUUGAAAGGCCACAAGCGCGCCAUCUGGGUGUCGGUGUCAAACGACCUGAAGUACGACUCGGAGAGGGAUCUGCACGAUAUAGGUGCCACCAAGAUAGAGGUUCAUCCUCUCAACAAGUUCAAGUACGGCAAGAUCUCGUCGGCAGCCAACGGCAACGUGAAGAAGGGGGUGAUCUUCUCGACGUACUCGGCCCUGAUCGGGGAGUCGACCCAGUCGGGCGGCAAGUACAAGACGCGCCUGAAGCAGCUGCUGCAGUGGUGCGGGGAGGACUUCGAGGGCGUGGUGGUGUUCGACGAGUGCCACCGCGCCAAGAACCUCUGCCCCUUCGGCUCGUCCAAGCCCACCAAGACGGGCCUCACCGUGGUCGAGCUGCAGAACAAGCUGCCCAAGGCGCGGGUGGUGUACGCCUCUGCCACGGGCGCCUCGGAGCCCCGCAACAUGGCGUACAUGACCCGCCUGGGCAUCUGGGGCGAGGGCACCCCCUUCCCCGACUUCAACGACUUCAUCACCGCCGUGGAGAAGAGGGGCGUGGGGGCCAUGGAGAUAGUGGCCAUGGACAUGAAGCUGCGCGGCAUGUACAUCGCGCGGCAGCUCAGCUUCCACGGCGUGGGCUUCAAGAUCGAGGAGGUGCCCUUGGCGGAGGACUUCAUCAAGGUGUACGACACGUCCGUGAAGCUGUGGGUGGAUGCGAUGCAGAAGUUCACGGAGGCAGCGGAGCUGAUCGACGCGGAGAACCGCAUGAAGAAGACGAUGUGGGGCCAGUUCUGGUCGUCGCACCAGCGCUUCUUCAAGUACCUGUGCAUCGCGGCGAAGGUGAACCACGCGGUGGUGACGGCGCGAGAGGCCGUCAAGUGCGGCAAGUGCGUGGUGAUCGGGUUGCAGUCGACGGGCGAGGCACGCACGCUCGAACAGCUGGAGAAGGACGACGGCGAGCUGACGGACUUCGUGUCGACCGCCAAGGGCGUGCUGCAGUCGCUGGUGGAGAAGCACUUCCCCGCGCCCGACAGGAACAGGAUCCACCGCCUGCUGGGGCUGGAGUCCCCCCGCAAGGACAAGAGCCUCAACGGCCACGGCCAGCUGGACCCGGACGCCGGCAGCUCCUCCGGCAAGAGGAAGUCCGCUCGUCAAGCCGUCCGGCGCGCAGCAGCGAAGCACAUGAAGUUCGACUCGUCUGAGUCGGAGUUUGAGUACGAGCGGGACAGUGACAACAGCUCUGGUUCGGAGUUCAAGCUCACAGCGACGGAGUCGGACAACAGCGAGAGCCCCUCCGAGGACAGCAACGCCAGCUCCGACUUCAACCCCUUCUACGGCGACAGUGACUCGGAUGCCGACCCCUGGGACCGGCGCAAGAAGAAGGGCCGCAAGCACAAGCAAUCGAAGAAGGGCCAGUCGACGCAGGACAAGAUCAGCUCGCUGCUGGCGUCGAAGGCGGGCUCGCGCAAGUCGGGCGGCAAGCACGGCCGCAAGGGGGAGGGGAAGCAGCGGCCGCCGUCGCCGCUGCGCGACGCGGUGGAGCGAGCGUGCUGCAUGAAGGAGGACCUGCUGCAGCAGAUAGAGAUGCUGGGCGAGAAGCUGCCGCCCAACACGCUGGAUCAGCUAAUCGAUGAGCUGGGCGGCCCCGAGAAUGUGGCCGAGAUGACUGGGCGCAAGGGUCGGGUGGUGCAGACGGAAGAUGGCAUCCAGUACGAGUCGCGGUCCGAGGUCGAUAUCCCCUUGGAGACGCUCAAUCUCACAGAGAAGCAGAGGUUCAUGGACGGCGUGAAGGACGUGGCCAUCAUCUCCGAGGCGGCGUCGAGCGGCAUCUCGCUGCAGAGCGACCGCCGGGCUCGCAACCAGCGACGCAGGGUGCACAUCACCCUGGAGCUGCCCUGGAGCGCCGACCGCGCCAUCCAGCAGUUCGGGCGCACCCACCGAAGUAACCAAGUGAACGCGCCGGAGUACAUCUUCCUCAUCUCGGAGCUGGCCGGCGAGCAUCGGUUCGCCUCCAUCGUCGCCAAGAGGCUGGAGAGUCUGGGGGCGCUGACGCACGGGGACAGGCGGGCCACGGAGACGCGGGACCUCUCCAGGUUCAACAUCGACAACAAGUACGGGCGGGCGGCCCUGGAGGCCACCAUGAAGACCAUCAUGGGCUACGAGGCCCCGCUGGUGCCGCCCCCGCAGGACUACAAGGGCGACUUCUUCAAGGACGUCGCGGACGCUCUGGUGGGCGUGGGCCUCAUCAUCAACAGCAAGAACAUGCCGGGCGUCCUGAUGCUCGACAAGGACUACAACAACAUGAGCAAGUUCCUCAACAGGAUCCUGGGCAUGCCGGUGGACCUCCAGAACAGGCUGUUCAAGUACUUCACAGACACGCUGAGCGCCAUCAUCGCCCAGGCCAAGAAAUCCGGUCGCUUCGACAUGGGCAUCCUAGACCUGGGCACGACGGGGGAGAACGUGAAGCGGGUGAAGCUGUACACGUUCGUGCGCAAGCACGCCACGGGGGUGGCCAGCACGCAGCUGCACAUCGUGCAUGUGGAGCGCGGCCUCAGCUGGGAGGACGUGCUGGAGCAGUCCAAGGAGCUGACGGGCCCCGCGGAGGGCUUCUACCUGUCGCACCAGGUGCGCAACAGCAAGCAGACGGCCAUCCUGGCGGUGGCGGUGGAGUCCCCCACGCCGAGCGCCAAGAAGGAGACGGACAAGAAGAGCAAGAAGGACCAGCUGUACACCAUCUACAGGCCCAACACCGGCCUCCAAAUGCGGCAGGAGACGCUGGGAGAACUGGAGAAGAAGUACAAGAAGGUGACGGAGAAGGAGGCUGAGGAGUCCUGGACGCAGCAGUACGAGUCAUCCCUCAGCACCUGCUCCCAUGCCUACUGGCGCGGCAACUGCAAGAACGUGAUGCUGGGGCUGGACUGCGAGGUCGGCCUGCGCAGGCGCACGUACAACGUGCUGGCCGGCUCCGUGCUGAGCGUGUGGGCGCGCGUCGAGAACGUGCUGGCCUCGCGCACGGGCCACAACUCCAAGAUGCAGGUGGUGCGGCUGCGCACCGGCGAGGGCGUCAAGAUUGUCGGCACGCUGAUCCCCAAGAGCUGCGUGGACGCGGUGAGGGAUGCGCUCUCCUCUGAUUCCGAGAAGACAGACGAGGAGACCUUCUGAGCAGACUCCUCCCUGCUGUGCGUGCGAGAUCUGUGUGCGUGUCGUCAGGGACUGCCCCGCCCGGUUGCGAGCGCCGGCCGGCGCCGUCUCGGGGCUCGGGCCCACCCUCUACUUCUGCUACAGUGGUUUCUGGUCGCUCCCCGCGGGGCCCGCGACACUUUCCUACACUGCUUGUGUCGUCUAACCCAAGAAGUUUACUUGACAGUUCGGUUAGAUUUUUAUAUACAAACAAACUGUAUUCCAUCAUUUUAUCAUUAUAAUUACAACCCCUUGAAGUAUUAAAGAAAAUAGGAGUAAAAAUGGAAGCGUUGUGUUAAGUGCAGCCGUCUAUUAAUACAGUGUGUUGUUUUCCAACAUGUUGAGUGCGGUAAGUACCCUUAGUAGGUAGAAUACGCAUGGAUGUUGCAAUCCCCUUCUUACAUUUUUCAGACUAUCAGAAAAAUAAAAAAAUGCAUUAACUAUUAAAAGGGUAAAUAUCAAAUUAUAUUAAAAAUAACCUGACAUUCGAAGGUUGUCCAAUUUUAACUCAUUAUCACCAUCUUACAAAGCAUGUUGUGGAAGUGAUUUUGUUAGGGACAUAAUAAAUACUGUAUACGAAAAAGGACUGUACACUCUGUUGUUCAGAAAUACACACUGUAGUACAGUUGUAUCGUACUGUGUACAAUUGGCUGGUGGUCACGAAACAGUAUUGUGUCGGACAUGAGUGAACAAAAUGCUAUGUAAUGUCUUGAUGGUUUGCCUCCUGGACUUAUUUGGAAAUGUGCUGCAUUUUUGUUGACUUGCCACUGAUAAUGUCAUUGUCUUUUAAAUUGUACUUCUUACUUUGCAUGUCAGUUGGACAAUUGUAGUUAUAUAAUGUCCAUUUUGGUGUGAAGUGGUAUGUGCAGAUGUUUAUAUUCUUCAGAUAGAGUAGAUUACUAGUAUUAGAUGCAUAUAAUUAAAUUAAAAGUAGAGACGUUGGUCAUUCAUAGUACAGUUCAAUCUGAAAAAAAGGUUCGGAACAAGACAUGUUAGGAUGCUUGCCGAGGGUGGGGAGUUAUGGUAUGUCAAACAGUAUUCUGUCCAGGACUUACCCUGAGAGCCCGCUAUUGCUAUGCUAUUUUCAUUAGUUCUUGGUACGUUAAUGUGGAACGUGGUACUUACUUAAGUAACUGUGCUUGGUUAUUUUAAUGUGUUGCACCUUCGUUACUUGGCAAAGCAGAGUGUUUUAUAAAGGGGAUUUUUUUCGCUGUUUGCUAAUGUUGGUAUCAGAAGACAAUUGAGUUGCUGUUCCAUCACAGUUUAUUCAGGUGGUUGUAGGUUCAAAAGUAUUGCAAGCCAGUCAUGCAAUUUGCUUCUAAUUCUGUGGGUUACGGACAACUCUGUGCUCGAUUACCUGGUAAUGCAUUUUAUAUUUGGUUCGUGUAAUGUACAAAUAUGAAGCCUAAGAUGCACUAAUCCUUGGGUUACACAACCGAAAAUUCUACCUUCUGUGCAACUUUUAAAGUUUGCUUUUGGUAAGGAUAAAAAUUACUGGGUUUUAAUGUGGCUGACCAAACCUAAUCAACCGUUUACUUAAUUUAUGUUCAUCUGCCUCCUGCUAAAAGGAAUGCAAAAUUUGGGCUUCUAACACAAGGAUUAAUGAAUCUUAAGCUACUGAUAUACAAGUGUAUCUUAAAGCCCUAAGGUGACAUGGUAUUAUACGUAGUACCUAUUUUUUUUUAUAUCUUUGGUUGAUCAUAUAAUUGGUUGUUCCUGCAAUUAUAAAUGAAUUGUAGCUAGUGAUCUCUUAUGAUUUGUGCAAUCUACCUGUAAUGGUGUCCACUCACGAACACUAAUUUGUUAAUUUCCAUACUGGUAUCCCAAAAAUGCGAUAUAACGGAAGUUGGGAACGGGAAUGGAGAAUCUUGUCUGGAGCCAGUGUAACGACAGUGCCGUUCAUCUUGCCAAUGACUACAGACGUAUCACUGGCCCUAACCCGUCAGCUUUUGUUUUGUCGGAGCUGGUUUGUCUGUGGUCUGGCAACGGAGGACACAGGGGCAGCGUUUAGGAAGGGGAUUGCAGCCGAGGCUAAUCUCGUAAUAUUAGUUGUUUUGUUUAGCUGUGAUACAGUGUAGUGGAAUAGUGCAGUUAACUCCUACUUGUAGUCUGUGUGCGCGUUCGAGAACAGUUGUCUUGUGUUUGCUGCCGAUGCAGGGCACGAUCCUUCGUUGUUUCUGCCGACUCGUCGCUGGUAAGCUUCUUCAAUGUUGUGAUCACGUGCGAUUGUACCAUUCUUUAUUUAUACGUCAGUCUGUGUUGUCAUUGUUUAUCAUAAUUUUGUAUGAAUUUUUUUUUUGUAAGUAGCAAUUUUUUUUAGCUGACCAUAAAUAGCUUUGUGACUUCUAUAGUGAAUGAUGUGAAAGAAUGUGUGUGUGUGUGUGUGUGUGUGUGUAUAUGUGUACGAGUGGUGAAACAAUUACAAUGCAUUUGGAACUUAUUUUUUGUAAUUAAUAUUAUUAAGAGUUUAACGUUAGGGUUUGCUUGUCCCGAGCUGCACUGUAUUUCUACGGGCUGAAAUUUAUUAAUUAUGUUUUCUAAUGAAUGGCUUGUCUGAAUGUUUACGAUUACAUGCUGUGGAAAGCUUUUGUAUUAACAGAAAGUAUAGAAUUGUAAUACCAGUAUUAAGCAGGGAAGAUUGGCUGCACAAAACUAUUUGUACCGUGUUUUCGUUGAUUUUGGUUUACGGUGGAAGACCAAAGCUGUGGAGGUGACCAGGUGUUUGGUACGUUUACGAUCUGAAGGUUACAAAAACAAACCUUUGCUUGCAGAGUAGCUGCAAUAUUUAAAAUUUUAUUACUUUCAUGGUAUUAUCAACUUAAUUCAAAAAAUAUUCCCAGGAAUGUUCAGGUUCCACAUUGCCAGUUUUUAUCUUCAAGCAAAGAGCAUAGUAAACUAAUUACUACCAUUUAACACUAAUAUAAUUACCUAAUUUUAGCCACUAGAAAUGUUUUGCUGUUUACAAAAUCAUUCGCUGUGUAGACAGUGUAAUUGGUUACAACUAACUGUCUGUAAACUAUUAUUAUUACGAACAUACUUGCCCGCACAAGCGAUGUGAGUUGCAAUGAUGUUUAGAUUAUGUGGACUCAAGUUUCGCCUUAUUAUUUUUCCUUGCUGUUAUAAUGUGAUGUUAGUUUUUGAUUGUAUCAUGGAUGUGUUUUGUAACUUUGUUUAGAGCACACACUAUCAGUUUGUCGAUCUCUCAUUGGAUAUAAGUUAUUAUUUUUAAAUCACGAUGAAUUACUUUGCGUAGCUUGACCGGUUCACAAUUUGACAGCCUCGCACUGUAGUUGCAGUCCAGUACGUGACGUGUAUACUUGGGUAGUCCUCCUGCUGGGAGGAAGUAAAGUUAAAGAAAUCACUAUAAUUCAUCACGUUUGGUUCGUUGGACUUUGUAGCCAUGUACAAAAAAGUGUUCUUUUAUUCUUACCUACAUUUAACUUUAUUUCUAAAACAAAAAAGUGUACAUUCUCUUUUAAAUAAAUGAUUAGAUAAAAAAAAAA